AUGUAUCGCAGCUACCUCUGCGUCGAGGUGGUGAUCCUGCUGCUCCUGUCGCACGUGGGCUGGAAUGGGCCGUCGUCGCCGCGCGUGCAGCCCUGUUCGCGGGCGCAGUCGCGCGUGGCGCGCCAGCUGGUGCGCCGCAAGGUGACCGCCGUGCUUCAGCGAUACCGCGUCUCGCUGGGGCCCGAGUGCCCGCUGCACCCCAGCCGUGAUCUGUUCUGGUGGCCGGCCGGCCUGAUGGCGGACGAGGCGCCGGCCGCCGACCCGCAGCCGCAACCCAGCUGGAACUGCCCCAUGUGCGGCCGCUCCUUCUUCUGCCACGAAAAGCUCACCAGCCACUGGGACGAGGAGCACGCGCCCAACCUGGCCCCCAAGGCCGACCGGGGGGUGUGCCUGGCCGACUACUGCGACAUCCUGCGCUGCGAUGUCCUGGGUCCCCGGCUGGCGGCGGCCGAGCGUGCCUCGGCCGGCGGAUCGGCAGUCGCGACCGCCCUGCAGCCCGACAAGCCCAAGGAGGCGGCGUCCUCUGGCCGUUGCGGCGAGCCGCCCGCCGACCAUCCGCGUUGCUCCUGUGACCAGAAGCACAUGAGCGCCCUGCAGCAAAAGUGCCGGAUCGUCGUACAGCAGUGCGUCAUUGGACUGCUUUCCGUUCUUUCAGUCAAGGAUUUCCAAGACAUUGAAGAUGAGCUCAACAAUAACAUCUGCUCGUACCUCACUUGCAAUAAGUACUGGGACGACUCCCUGAAUGAGGAACGACGAGUUCCAAUGCUAUUCAGCAUGAUAAUAGGAAUAAUACUCGUCGGUGGCUUUUGCCUUUGCUACUACAUUGUUUGGAUACUUUUUGAGUGA